CUGAUACCCAUCACCGGUUCAGAGUUCUUCUGGAAAGUACCCGGAAGCUCAUUGUCGUACAGCAGGACUCAACGUUUGAAUUAUUUCUCAGUCAGAUGCUCCGGGGAGAAUUUGAUUGGAGGCCGUUGGCAUUUCCUCACAGCUGCAGCCCGAGCCACUUUGGACACUUGCUAUUUUCCGCUGCUCUUCACAACGGAUCGGCAGCGUCGUGAGCUCAUUAAGGACAUUUCUCUUAUUGGAGACUGGUGCUUGGAGACAUACCUUACACUCGAUUGCUUGAAUGAUCUUCAACUGGUUCGCCACAGUAUGAAAAUCUUAUAUUACCUCCCAAGUCGACGGAGAUCGGGAGCUACCACUCUUGGCGAAGGAUGGGGAGAUGUCGCAAGCUCUCUCUUUGCACUGGGAUACCAUGAGAAGAUUGACGAGGGCGUCCAUAACAUUCCAUCAUUCCUUGCUGAGUUACGGAGGGCAUGUUUUGCCCGUAUCUAUGCCGCCGAUAAAAGUUUAGCGAUAUUCCUUGGGCGACCUCCACGAAUCGUUAAGGAUUACUGUUUCCUCAGCUCCCAGCCCCAUCCAGGGAUACGAAAUAACGAAUACAUAGCCCAUUCUGACAAUGUUACUCAAUCAAUCCGUUCGGAAACUCGCUGGGGGAUCCAGCGACGGAAAUAA